AGCUUGCAGAGACGAGAGGGGAGGGCGAGCAGAAGAGGAGGAGGAGCAGAGGAGAGGCUAGGCUCGUGGAGCGAUGGAGACUUUAGCUGAGGAUCUACCAGUCAUCGUCGACUUCUCGGGUUGCCCUGAUGCGACAUGCGAGGACAUGUUCCAUGCUCUCAGAGCGCAGGAUAAAAUCACUGUCCUCCGGCUUGAUGGAUGCAAGAACAUCACAUGCGAGGACGUCCGAAGAGCCUUGCCACUUAUUGGCGGACAGCUGGAAGAGCUGUCCAUUGCACAUUGCACGAACUUAUCAGGCGACGAGCUCUCCGAGCUUUUCUGCAGUGAGUUUCCUCUGCUGCAGACUUUGAAUGUGAGCGGAUGUGAACAGUUCAGUCCCGGACAUCUGGCGAAAAUUGUUUUCUUCCGCAACAUGAAGAAUUUGUCUCAGAUUCGAAUUAUGACAGGUUAAUCACAUCAACUGGACUUCAUUCUCGUCCAUGCAGUUUCUUGCCUCCACCUCCUCCUGCUUCCAGCUUUUCACUUCCCUCUCAAAAGUCUCCUGUAAGUUUUGAUCAGAGCCCUUCAGUCUCUCCAUGGACGCAAACCUGGUCCAUUCCUAAGGAGGCAAAGAAGUACUCGUCUCCAGCAGUAUCGUUGUUGAACUAGAGGGUCGAACCAUCACGCGAGUAAAAUGCAAGAUAAGAC